AUGGCGUCAUCAGCACCAGCGACCACUGAUGGAACGACAGACGAGCCCCAGAACGAGGGCUCCAAGUUGAAGACGUUCCUGGGGAUCCUGCGAAGGUUCAUUGGCGUCUCCGAUCUCGCUUCCGUGCGGUUUUCCCUACCGUCCCAACUCCUCGAACCGACACCUAACCUCGAGUACUGGAACUAUCUCGAUGCUCCCAACGCCUUUGUCGCUAUUGGCGAAUCCGACGAAGCCCUCGACCGCAUGCUCGAGGUCGUGCGAUUCUGGCUGACCAAAGAUCUCAAAUACAUCAAGGGCAAGCCUUGCAAGCCAUACAACUCUGUUCUGGGCGAGUUCUUCAGAUGUAACUGGGAAACAGAGGACAAUGCGCCCUUAAUCAGGACCAGCCAACUGGAUGAGGCCUUGGAAAACGGUCUCUCGAGUCUCAAAGUCCCUUCAAAGGAUUCCAAGAACGCAUCUUCCGUCUCGCUCUCUAUCCCCCAGCACAAUACGUCAGGCACACCGGACAGGAAGGCCGUCAAGGUUUCGUACCUGACCGAGCAGACCUCUCACCACCCUCCCGUCAGCGCAUUCCAUGUCACCUGCCCGGAAAAGGGUAUCUCGGCCCGUGGCUUCGACCAAAUCACAGCCAAGUUCACCGGUACAUCCGUCAAGGUUCUACCCGGAGAGCACAACAUGGGCAUCUUUAUCACGCUGGAUAGGCGCGAUGGCGAGGAGUACCAGCUCACACACCCUGCGGCACAUCUGGGCGGUAUUCUGAGGGGCGCAUUGAGCAUUUCCGUCAGCGAAAUGGCAUACAUCACAUGUCCCAAGACUAAAAUCAAGGCUAUCUUACAUUACGUUGAGGAAGGCUGGCUGGGUCGCACCACCAAUAAGAUUGAUGGUGUCAUCUUCAAGUACGAUCCUGAGAAUGAUACCAUCAACAGGGUUCAGGAUGUCCCUGAGGCAGACGUUCUUGCACGCCUGAGCGGACCUUGGAAGGAGAAGGUCAUGUUUUCUCUUGGCCCCAAGACAUUCAAAUCCGUGCCUCCUGAGGAGCAACAUAUUCUUAUUGACGUCGGUCCUCUCACCGUCGCUCCCAAAGUACUCCCGCCAAAUGAGCAACAAGCGGAGAAUGAGUCCUUGCGCCUCUGGUCCGGCGUCACCAACGCCAUCCACUCCAAGCAGUUCUCCAAGGCCACCAGUAUCAAGGUAGAACUUGAGGAGGCCCAGCGCGUGAAGGCCCGCGAGCGUGAGGCUACCAACACACCUUUUAAGCCUGUUUUCUUUGAACACAUUGUGGGUAACGGCGGCAAGCCAGCGCUCACAGAAAAGGGUAAGCAGGUUCUUGACCGUGCUCAACAAGAUGAGUGGGAUUUGAAGGACAUCAUCUAA